CGUGCAGCUUCAGAUUACGUAAGACUUCCCAGGUUCAGAGGCAACACUUGCGUUGCCUUUUGACACGCAAUGACAUCUAGGAAUAGAAAUGGGGUCUGGAUUUUGUCACUGGGAUCUAUGUAACAGAGACAGGAUUUGUAAGACCUAAUUUGCCUAUUUGAAUAUUUUACCAAAAUCUCGGAUAAGGUGUAUUGAGUGAUGGCUUCACUCGAUUUGAUAUGACUGCAUACACAGCUCAUCUGACAGAAUGAGUGGUGUGGCAUUGGGCAUCGAGAUUGUGGUGGUGUUUUUCCUGGCACUGUUCCUUCUCCAUCGCUAUGGAGACUUUCGUAAGCAGCAUCGGAUGGUUUUGUUUGCCACCCUUCUCGCCUGGUUUCUUUGCUUCUUGAUCGUUUUUAUAUUGCCUCUGGAUGUCAGUACGAGUAUUUAUAACCAGUGCAAGAUAAAUAACAACAAGGAAAAGGCUGCAGUCCCACCUACAGAAUACUCAAAUCAGUCGUCCAAUUCUUCUGCUCCAACGACAAGCCCCAAAGAAGUCUGUCAUAAGCCUUGGAGCUACAUACCUGAUGGAAUUCUACCUGUGUUCUGGCGAGUAGUAUACUGGACCUCACAGUUUUUGACUUGGUUGCUCAUCCCAUUUAUGCAGUCUUAUGCCCGUUCUGGAGGGUUUUCCAUCUCGGGGAAGGUGAAGACGGCUCUGAUUGAGAACGCCAUCUACUACGGCACAUACCUGCUCAUCUUCUGCUCGCUGCUGAUCUAUGUGGCCGUGAGCCCCAAACUCCACCUCUCAUGGACUCAGCUGCGAGUCAUUGGUAUCACAGCAGCCAACACCUGGGGCUUGUUCCUGCUCGUGCUGUUGCUGGGCUAUGGCUUGGUGGAGAUCCCGCGCUCCUAUUGGAAUGCCUCCUGUCACGGUCACCUGCUAGCCAAGACAUACUUCAAGGCCUCCAAACUGAUGACGGAGAAGGCUGACGCAGAGGAGAAUCUGGAGGACGUCAUGGAGGAUGUGAGGAAUGCCAGUGAGGCUAUCAAGUAUAAUAACCCUCUUAGGAAGUGCAUUGACACGGUUUUAAGAAAGUGCCCUACAGACUACCAGGAGAAAAUGGGCAGGAACAUGGAUGACUAUGAGGACUUUGAUGAGCAUGGUAACCCGUGUCCCAGCAAAAGGAGCCUGGUGAAGCUGCACAAACAGGUGAUCUAUGCAGUGCAGCGGCACAAUCGCACCCAGGUCCAGUGGCAGAUGCUUCUGGAGGAGGCAGUCCAUCUGGAGGACGUGGCCAAGAACGAGGCCAGUGUCGCCCAUCAGUUUGUGCACAGCUUCCCCUCCUCGGAGCCUCCAGGAUGGAUCAGUAGAUACUUCUAUACUCCCACCAUAGAGUGGUACUGGGAGUGCAAGCUGCGGCACUGGUUCUACAGGGGGCUGGCCGUGAUCCUGAUGUUGGUCUCCGUGGCGGUGGUCUGGUCCGAGUGCACCUUCUUCAGCACCCAGCCCGUCCUCUCCCUCUUCGCCGUCUUCAUCCAGCUAGCCGAGAAGGAGUACAACUACUUCUACAUAGAGAUGGCGUGCUUCUUCACAAUUUUUUACCUGUGCUACUGCGUGUACUCUACUGUGUUCCGCAUCCGAGUCUUCAACUACUACUACCUGGCCUCGCACCAUCAGACGGACGCCUACAGCCUGCAGUUUAGCGGCAUGUUGUUCUGCCGACUGACCCCGCCCCUCUGCCUGAACUUCCUGGGACUGAUUCAUAUGGACACCGCCAUCUCUGGCCAACAGAGAGAGCAGACUGCCUACACUACAAUCAUGGGAUCCAUGAAGGUUCUCUCAUUCAUCGCUAAAGGAUUCUACAUCUACUACCCCAUGCUCAUCCUGCUACUCUGCAUUGCAACCUACUACAGCCUGGGGACGCGCUGCCUGAAUAUGCUGGGCUUCCAGCAGUUCAUGGGGGAGAACAACAUGACCACGGACCUGGUGGACGAAGGCAGGGAGCUCAUCAGGAGAGAGAGGAGGAUGCGACAGAGAACAGAAGAUGGAGAGAUCCGCAGGAGAGAAUUUAGGGAACGGUACAGGGACCCACAAGAGAAGUAUGCCAGCCGGAACAGGAACUCCUAUUCAGAACUGAAGGAGAACAACGAGUCCGUUAUGAACAGCAGUGCAUUUGCUCCAGCGUCCAGGAGAGACAGGAGUGACCAGACUGAACUCCUGCAGGAUGCUGAACCUUUAGACUUCAAUGCAGAGGAGAUAGUGGAGACCGAUGACCGCAGGUACACUGGAGGUCGCUAUCUGUCCACGUCAUUGUCUCGUGGUCGCAUAUUUGAUGACGUCUGACUGAAGUGUAGAUCAGAACCAGAGGAGUGAGAGACUUUCUUCACUCUGACCCUAUGAGCGGACAAUGGACAAAAAGGACCUUUAACUGACUGGGUGUCACCAGACUGGGCUGCUGGUCUUUGUGGGGUUUUGUUGAGCUGUUUUCUAGUAUUUUUGUUGUCAUUGUGUUUAUUUUGGGGUCUUCACAGUCGUGUAUGGUUUUAACCAGCGGAGGGCACCAGCAUUACAAAGGGUUGAUCCCAUUUCUUUCACUACACGGAUGAAUGAGUGGAGCUUUUUGAAAAGGGAACAAGUAUAUUUUUAUGUAAAGGGAUUUAUUAAGUAAUUACGAAAGGGCUGGUUUUGAACACACUAUUUCAGAGACCCCAAAUUAUUAUGAAUGUUUUGUUUGCCUACAAGAAAUGUAAUGUCAUUUAAAACCUCUAGCGAAGAGUCUGUACUGGAAUAUUUAAAAGUGGCACUUUAUCUCUCUCAUUUGGACAUGUAAGUCGCCAUGCCAAUAAUAUUAUCCUUAAAGGCACAGUCUACGAUUCUGGCAAAAGGUUGUUGAUAAUGAGGCUCAACAGCCAAUCAAAUUCCCCUCCUGUGCUCCUGAAGCCUCGUGUUGAUUGACAUGAAUAGUGUAUGGCUUGGUGCAACCCACUUUUUUGUUUCCCAUUUACAGAGCCAAGACUGUACAAACACUUUUAUUAUUAUUAUUUAUUUUUUGAGCCCACCCAUAGAACGGCCAGCAAGACGACUGUGAGGAGCAAUUAGCUGUAUUUACCAAAAUUCAGUAUUGGAUUAGAAUCGCAGACUGCUCCUAUAAAGAAGAAUAGGGAAUUAGGGCAACCUUUGGUUAUAAUGAUCUCUUGGUUUGUUCAAUGGAGCAAAUACAUAAGAUUAUUGUUCCAGCUCAGAUACAAAAGGUAGAACUGAAGCAGCUUUGUAAAUAAUCAUCUCUGGCUCCAUUAGUGUUUCCUUUCUUAUCAACAUUAUUUUGUGCUUCUUUUUUUGUAUUUUAACAACAUUAACAAAGCCUUCUGUGCUAGAAGUUUCUGUAUUGAAGUAAGAGAGCGCCAGUCACCACCUGCCCCUGUCUCGCCCCCACCCCCCGGUGUUGUGCAGCCUACCCAUGGCACCACAGGGCCUUCCAACACAACAAGAAGCAGUGUGACCUUUGACCUCAGGGAUAGCUAGCUUUAGCCCAAAAAGGGUCGUCCCCCCCUUACACACAUACUUCCUCUUCUGCUUGCUUCCUUGUAGGUGUGCCCUGCUGCCAUUCAACUGUUUGCUGGCACACAGUUCCAUGUCGGUGUGAGCAGGUGAAUCAGUGAUUUACCCACCGCACAGGCCUGUCUGAUCCUAGAACAGUGUUAAGUGAUAUCUGGGUGCGUUUCACCGGUGUUUGUUCGGGGGCUGCCAGUGCCUUGAGAAGUUCCUAGUGGCAGAAUUGAUGUAAAGAGACACUGGUUCAGUUUAGUGACUGGCCAGACUAUUUUUGCAAACCCAUUCCUGUUGCAUAUCAUGUAUAUUUUUUAUUAACUUCCCCCUUUUCUUUGAUCGUCACUCGGUCUGACUUCUGGCUUAUGUAUUUUUUUCUUCUUGAGGAAAUUUGUGUAAAUCAAGGAUGCAGUGUACAGUGUGUGGUUGAUGGUAUUUAUGAAUUUUAAAAAACACCUCAGAAAGAAAACCCUUCUGUGUCACGUGACAUUUGUUUAUUUAUUUCCAUCUUUUGAAUACCUCGAAUAAAAAACUAAAAUGGA